AUGAAUUUCACGGUAUUUUUGAUCUCCAUCCUCGUCACAACUGGAUACUGCUUGUCUUACCCUCAGAGACAAGAUUAUUCUCAAAGACAGAUCGAUUCGAAAUAUCCAAGGAACUAUAGUGCAUCGAAGAUAGUAAAACACGAAAACAACUUAGGACUAACGAACUAUAGUUUUUCGUAUGAGACCAGCGAUGGUUCACAACGAGAAGAAACAGCAGAACUUAAGAACGCUGGAUCAGAAAAUGAGUCGCUAACUGUUCAAGGAUCUUAUACGUAUGUGGGUACAGAUGGAGUCACUUACAAGGUCACAUAUGUUGCAGACGAAAAUGGAUAUAGGGCCACAGGACAACACUUACCAAAAACGCGGUGA